AUGCUCCCCGGGUUUGAGACACACGGCAAUAAAUGUUGCACUAUCGCAGCCAGGCAAACAGCGGAGGGCGAUAUGUUUAAAAAACCCCGGAAAAUGCAAAGACAUGAAAUGCGCUCCCCCAGUCUCGCUUCCCCGUCAGCGGGAGCCCGCACGGCGCAUGUGAUGACGUCAUCACUGCGCGACGAUGGCGGGGCGGAACUGUACGGGGGCCUUCUCUCUACCCGCAUAGCCAGCUGGCGCACAUGUGUGGUUCAUCCGUGGGUUUUUAGCAACAGUUUCACGGGGAUACAGACUCCAAUUUGCUAUGAAACCGCCUCGUUUCAAUGGGCUGAUCAUGUCGGUGGCCAAGGGAGAAUCAGCUUGUGUGUUGAUAGCCGAAAUCGAAACCCUCCUGCACAAGCAGGCAGUCAGAGUGGUACACGGGGAGGAAAGCCGUCAGGGCUUCUAUUUCCGUUAUUUCGUAGUUCCAAAGAAAGGCAGCGCAGCCCUCCGUCCCAUUUUGGAUCUGCGUGUAUUAAACAAGCACCUCAGAAAGUAUUCAUUCAAAAUGCUAACACACAAGGUGCUGUGUCGAUCGAUUCGUCCAAGCGAUUGGUUUGUGGCGAUAGAUCUGGCGGAUGCGUACUUCCACAUAGAUAUUUAUCCCUCUCACAGGAAAUUCCUCAGGUUUGCAUACCGGGGCACAGCAUACGAAUUUCAAACUAUACCGUUCGGGCUGUCAUUAGCUCCGAGGGUUUUUACCAAAUGUGUGGAGGCAGCCCUGUUCCCAUUGAGGGACAAGGGCAUAAGGAUAUUGUCUUACAUAGACGAUUAUCUGAUAUGCUCGUCGUCAAGGGAGCAAGCCAUAAAAGAUGCAGAGAUUGUCCUAAAUCACCUCAGAGACCUGGGUUUCAGGAUAAACAUGAUGAGCCGGCUGGUGCCCUCUCAACAUACGGAGUAUUUAGGGCUCAACUUGGACUCCCUUUCGUAUCAAGUCACAUUGACGGAAGAGAAUAG